UCUUGAUUUUUCUAAUUUGCGCCCAAAGAGAAAUAUGUUUACAUCGCUUGCGUUAUCGACGGCACCAUUGAGCACGGCGAUUAUCUCUGCUGCUACGAGGCGGUCACAAGUUUCACAGCCUAAAUCAACUAAGAAAGCCAAGCCGGAGAAUAAGCGGCCAACGACGACGUCAACGAGCGGUUUCUCCUCUGGCAGAACAACGAAGGAAUUGACUUGGAAAUGCGUAGAAGGAUGUGGAGCUUGCUGUAAGCUUGCAAAGGACUUCGCUUUCGCCACCCCUGACGAAAUCUUCGACGACCCUGAUGAUGUCGAGCUGUAUCGUAGCAUGAUCGGAGAUGAUGGAUGGUGCAUUAACUACAACAAAGCUACACGCAAAUGCUCCAUUUAUUCUGAUCGUCCAUACUUUUGUCGGGUUGAGCCCGAAGUUUUCAAGACACUCUACGGGAUUGAAGAAAAAAAAUUCAACAAGGAAGCUAUCAGCUGUUGCAUUGACACCAUUAAGACGAUUCAUGGUUCUGAUUCCAAAGAAUUGGAUAACUUCAACCGUGCCAUCAGAAGUAGUCCGAGCUCGAGUUAAAUAGUCUGAUGAAAUUCAAAUGCAGGUAACAUAAAUGCGGAAAUUAGUUUUCACUAACCGGAGUCGACCUGGGCGCAACCGUGGCAGACAAAAGUAGCAUUAAUCUCCUUUUCUUUAAAAUGCAUAUAGAUUUGGCUAGCAGAGAAAUCAGAGGGACAAAGUUCCCAUUCAUCGAACUCUUUGUCUGAAACAAGGCUGCCUUGCUCGUAGACUCCGCAUCGCUUACACUUUUCGCCACCAAUUUCAGUCAUAGGCUGUUGUAAUAAGAAACAUGUAUGUUUCACAAUCAUAUGAUUAUUGUUUAAAAGAUAGAUGGUUGUAAAAGAGAUUAGGGGCGAGCCUGCCAUGAUUCUUGACCGCGGAAAGUGUACAAGACACCGGUUUUGAUAACAUCUGGAAGUACAGUUUUGUUUUCUC